AUGUCUCCCUCAGCUACUGGUAGCAACCCAGCUCCGCCCUUUCUGGACGGCCAUUCGACCCUUACACCGACGUCGGCACAGCCCACCGCUUCACGGCCCCUGACACCUGGAAUAUAUGUACCCACCGUCGCCUUCUUUCGCUCUGACGACUCCAUUGACGUCGAGACUACCGCUUCCCACGCGACCCGGCUAGCUCGGUCAGGCGUGGCCGGUCUCGUCACACACGGCUCCAACGGCGAGGCGGUACAUCUCGACCACGCCGAGCGCCAACUCAUCAACCGCAUCACCCGAGACGCCCUCGAUGCCGCAGGGAACUCUCAUAUCCCUCUCAUCGUCGGCUGCGGUGCCCAGUCCACCCGGGAGGCCAUUCAACUCUGUGAAGAGGCCGCCGCCUCAGGCGGCAACUACACUCUGGUGCUACCUCCAGCCUAUUACGGCAACCUCCUCUCCACCGAACUCAUCAUUCGGCACUUCCGCGCCGUUGCGGAUGCCAGCCCGAUACCAGUCCUCGUCUAUAACUUCCCGGGCGCCUGUAGCGGCCUCGACCUCUCCUCCGAUGUUAUCAUAGCCCUCUCUAACCACCCGAACGUCGUCGGUGUCAAGCUGACAUGCGGUAACACGGGCAAGCUCGCCCGUAUCGCGGCCGCAACGGCCACUCCUUGCCCGACAGCAUCGUCCAAGAAGACGACCCCGUCCAUCCGCGCGGACCGUGCCACCGCCACGACCGCUCAACAACCCUUCCGCACCUUCGGCGGCAGCGUCGACUUCACCCUGCAGACCCUCGUCGUCGGCGGCCACGGCAUCAUCGGCGGCACCGCCAACAUUGCCCCGCGCGCUUGCAUUCGUCUCGUGGAGUUGUGGGAGCAGGGCAAGCUCGCCGAAGCCCGCGAACUGCAGGCCGUCGUCGCGCGCGGCGACUGGACCGCCAUCCAAGGGGGCUUCGUCUCCGUGAAGGCCGCUUUGGCUGAGUUUUACGGCUACGGUGGCGAACCCAGGAAGCCGUGCGCCCUUCUCGAGGGGGACAAGUUGAAGGAGCAAUUGGAUGGAUUUGCUGAGCUGGUGGAGACUGAGAGGGCACUAGAGAAACUGCAAUCAUAG